AUGAAUUCUCUGAAUAUCCUCUCGGGGCGAGGGUCUCCUCCGCAUUCUCCAUCACUUUCACGUUCGAAUUCCUUGGGAAAUGUAUUGGCAUCCACAACUAUAUCAGAAUCAAGAAAGAAUUCGCGAGAAGAGUUAUACAGCGAGAAGCCGGAAGGGCUUGAUCAGGAGGAUGCGCCAGACUCGAACCCUGACGAUGACAAUUCAAUACACGAACGCACACCUCUGCUGGACAAAGAAAACACACUCUAUCAUACAAAUGAGCAUGUGGGAAUAGCGAGGAGGUUCUAUGAUUCUAUACGGUGGGUGCUAUUUACUUUUGUUGCGCCGGGUGUAUACGCUAUAGCUUGCUUGUACGAUGAAAGGGGCAAUUUCGCCCCAAUCUCUCAGUUCAGAAAACUGUUGGGUGGCACAACUGGAGAGUCAAUAGCCCAGACAACUAGAGGAUCGCCUAUUUCCGAGAGCAGUAGUAUCAGCGGUUUGGCCAAUGGAAAGCUGUCAGCUGCACAAAUAUCCUCAUCGAGAGGUCCUACUUCGCCGAAUUUCUCGUCCUUCAUCUCAUCUGAGUCUGAUUCAGAUAAUGACCGGUUUCUUAGUGAGACAGAUAACUCUGCAACGAAACUGCCACAUCGUCAAACGCGUUCAAAAUCCUUACAAAGUUCUGACGAGAUCUCGCCUGCGAGAAGGUCUAUUCGCAUCAAACUUCACAGCGAUGAAAAUCUAAGGCAGCGGAAGCACCGGAAGGCUCAGUCAACCACUACUCAAAGUGAUGGAUCCGGCGGUUCCAUGUCUGCUACCGAGAUGACUGCUGCGAUUAUGAAGUCGCCGACAUCCCCCGCCACUUCCUCUCUCCUCAUGACAAAGUAUCCACGAGCUCCAGCGCCACCGCGACCUCUCAUACCUCGACGGCAACCAUCCUACGCUAUUGAUGCUCCUAUGGGGAAGCUCACACAAAAGACUCUCGUCCUUGACCUCGACGAAACUUUGAUACACAGUAUGGUGCAUGGAGGUCGAAUGAGUACUGGUCAUAUGGUUGAAGUACAAAUCACAAACUUCAUGGGCCCAGGAGGUGUUGGUCCCCAGCAUCCAAUAUUGUAUUAUGUAAAUAAGAGGCCAUAUUGCGAUGAGUUCUUGCGACGUGUUUGCAAGUGGUAUAAUUUGGUUGUUUUCACUGCAUCACUUCAAGAUUACGCAGACCCGGUUAUAGAUUGGCUAGAACAGGAGCGUAAAUUCUUUUCAGCACGAUACUAUCGUCAGCACUGUACCUUUCGAAACGGCGCCUACAUCAAGGACCUUAGCUCUGUUGAGCCUGAUCUAAGCAAAGUCAUGAUAUUAGAUAAUAGUCCAACGAGUUAUCUGUUCCAUCAAGACAACGCAAUACCCAUAGAAGGGUGGAUCAAUGACCCUACGGAUAAUGAUCUCCUGCAUCUCGUACCCCUUUUAGAAGGACUGCAGUAUGUGACAGAUGUACGGGCUUUUCUUGCAUUACGUGGCGGGGAGGAUGGGAAGCAUAUGACUUCUUAA